AUAUCUGAUGAUAUAUACCAAGGAAUAGAAUGUGCUUUUUAUUCUUCAGGGUUGGGUCCUUUUUGUGUCAUGUGUUGUUGAGCUGCCUCUCAGUCAUGUUGCUUACGUGCGGCUGUUGAUGCGAUACUACUUUGCCUGGCCAUGUAGGCGGAACCUGCCACGUGACCGCGCCGCGGAACGCGUCGACUGGAAUAGAGUUGGCCACUUGAAGGUUAAACAAAUACUACUUGACUUGACAGCCCGAAGAUCAUUCAGCAGGUAUGCUCCAUGUGCUUCUGGCUUCAGCUCCAAUCCUCACCCGUGUCUCCUCACUUCAAUCGAGCAAGUGUCGGAAUUAAGUUACGUGUGGGGACGAAGCGUGCUUGUCCCGGUUAAUCCUGCGCUCCAAGCCACUCCUUGCGUUCAAAAGACGGGACUCUUAAAUAAGCACCCCUUGCAGCUAAGCAGAGUGCGGAAUUCCAUCCCAAUUGAGGCUAUUUGCGCAGUGCGAUUGCCCUGUGAACGGUCUGUCAGGAAUAGGGUUGAUAGCUCCGCAUUGCACGUUCCCGCGUCAACACCCUUGACCCGGGCGGAGAUUAGAUUGUUCGGCGCCUGGAAUUGACGAUCACCUCUAUGGUUCAAGGACAUCUGGGCGAUUGAUUAUCUUUGUCCAAUUGCGAGGCCUUCCAUUUGUCGACAUUGUAACAGCU